AUCCUACCCAGAGAAUUAUCACAAGCUCUACUUCAAGAUGCAGAAAUCAACAAGCACGCGCGGCCCGCUCAGCGCCAAAGAUAUCGAGUUGGCACGUAUGCCAUGCUAUGUAAAAUGCGAAUAUUUAAACACUGAUGUUUCAUUCCCCAGUGAAUGUGAUCUAUGCUUCGAAAACAUGGAGGCUGCCUCCAUGUUCCGCCAGUUACCGUGUGGCCAUAUAUUCCAUAAGCCAUGCAUAGAUUCAUGGAUUCUCUCGCGUGAUGCGAGUUGUCCCUGGUGUAGGAAAACAUUUUAUGAUUUGCGGGGUUUGAAGGUCUCAAGGACUCACAUGAUGGAUUGUGGGAGGAUGAGGAUGAUUCCUCAGAAUCAUGUGAAUAGUACUUGGCAUAUUCCGCGUUGGAUUAAGAAGGGACUUCAUGUUGGGUAGACCUUCGUGAGGCUUAUAUUAAUUGAUUAUACUGGGGGUUUUUUUGGGAGGGAUGAUUGGUGGGUUAUGGUUUGGUUUGUCUCUGAGCAUUGUGGGGACUUGAGCCUGUUUACUAGCCAUGCUGUUUGAGGGAUUAUAAUAUCCUUUCCUUAGUCUGUACCCGGAAUUUAGGACCAUCUUGAGAUGAGGAGG